UUAUUCCAGCUGUCACAUUUGUAAUAGCAGCCAUUGCAGGGUAAUAAAUAAACUUUAACGUACUUUUGUUAUUCAUGUCAAUAUUUAAGGAAAUAUGUUUCUUUGAAUUUGAUAUUAAAUAUAUAUGACAGAAUGGAGAGAGUGAAUAUUCGAAGUUUGAGAACUAUAGCUAAAAUAGUAGGGACAAUUAUAUGUGUAAGUGGAGCGGUGUCCAUUACAUUAUUGAAGGGUCCAAAGCUACUAAAUGCAGAAAACUUACCUUCAGAAUCAAUCAUUGGUUCAUCCUUAAAAAGUGAAGAAAAAUGGUUGCUUGGAUGUCUGUGUCUUCUAGGAAGCAUUAUUGCUUGGUCAAUUUUUCUCAUUUUGCAGGUUCCAGCUUAUACAAGCCAUCCCAAUACCUUAUCACUAGCAGCAUGGAUGUGUUUAAUGGCAACAUUACAAUCAUUAGCAGUAACAUUGUUUUUGGAGCCGGAUCUUAAUGCUUGGAAGAUUAUUUCUCUAUUUCAAUUUGGUUGCAUUUUAUAUUCAGGAGUUAUAGGAUCUGGAGUUGCACUUUAUCUUCAAGCAUGGUGCAUUUCAAAGAGAGGGCCUCUUUUCUCUGCAAUGUUUAAUCCUCUCUUAACAUUGAUUGUCACUAUACUAGCUACCUUAUGGCUUCAUGAAGAAAUAUACAUUGGAAGUUUGAUAGGUGCAAUUGGAGUCAUCAUUGGCUUGUAUAUUGUACUUUGGGGUAAAGCUGAAGAUGUAGUUGAUCACCCAGAGAAAAAUGUUGACAGUGAGUCUUGUGGAAAACCCUAUUGUAAAAGUGGUUUGAAAGAUCCUCUAUUACCCAACUAA